CAACUCACAACUCACACAGCACACUGUCAAAUCUCAACUGGCACAAGGUUUUUCCCUCUCUCUCUCCCUGGGUUGGUGCCCCUAUUUGGUUGCUACCAGUAAAGUUUAGUUCUUUUUGAAGUUUUGGUUGGUGGGGUUAGGGCCGUUGUGUUGCUACUGUUAAAGUAAUCAAGUCUAUUUUCCCUAGUGCCUUUCUAGUUACCUUCUACAGACCAGCUCCAACCAAUCAUAUAUGGCUUUUCCCUCUAAUAAACAGUAGAAGGGUUGAAGUAAAGGGAUUCGUGUUUCAUCUGGUACUCAUUGUUGAUUAGGAGAUGGCAGCAAAUGUGUAUAGGAAGAGAUCCGGAUCUGUAACUCUGAAGGAAAGCAGAGGUGAAAGCAAAUCAGAAGAAAUUGCUGUGGGUGAUGAUAUGACAAUAGGGGCUAUGAAAGAUGAAAUAGCCAGGAAGUUAGCUGGUGGGCGGCCUACUGGAGAGGUCAUGGCAAAACCAAGCAAGUUAGGAGACACGGUGCAGGUUAUUGGUGGAGAAGCGCUGGCAGAGACAGAUCCAAACAGUGCUCCUAAGGGAGAGCAACCAUUGGCAAACGAAAGCAACUCUGGCCAGGCUAAGAAGGAAGAAGAAGGCACAGAGAAAAAAUCUGUGAUGGAGAGUGACGAGAACUGUAUAACUCUGAGGCGGAAGAGGGGUGCGGAUGGAGAAAUGAUUCUAGCUUAUUUGCAAUCGCAAGAGAGAGGUUCACCAAGGCUUCGUCCAAGACAGGUGCCCACUUUCCGGAUGGUAGAUUUGGGUGAGAAUGAUGAUCACCGAAUUGUUGAGAAAAGAAUCAAGGUUUAUUGGCCAGAGUCACGGAAAUGGUUUACUGGGCACAUCAAAGCUUUCAAUGCCAAUAAAGGGCUGCACAGCAUUCUCUAUGAUGAUGGUGACAAGGAGGAGUUGAAUUUAAGGAAGGAGCGGUUUGAGCUUGAAAUUUUGCCAAAUGAGGGUUUCAACUUGAAAGCUGAUUCCAGUUCCAAAAAGAAAGGUAGGGGAUUGGAUGGUAAUGAGGUGAGUCCACUUACGCUGCCAGAGACGGCAUUUAAGGUUGAAGAUGCUAAAGAAUUGAUGAAGAGUCCAGUGUUGAAUGUUAAAGCUAAAGAAGUGAUGACGACUCCAGAGACAAAGAAGGAAAACGUGUCCAAGAAGGUGGGCAAAUUUGGGAGCUCGAAAUUGCAAAAGAAAAGUACAAAAGUUAAGCAGGAUUCGGCUGCAGGGAUGGAGAAAGUGGAUGCAAAGAUGGAGGUUGAUGUGAAACCAGGUGAUGAAGUCAAGAAGAGCAAAUCAGAGGUUGAUGUCAACGUCGAAAAAGCUAUGGAAGUUAAUCAUCAAACAGACAAUAAGAAGGCUAAAGCUCUUGAAGAAGUUGGUGAAAAGUAUGCUGAAGGUCAAAUUACCAUAUUGGCUCUAGCUGCUGUGAAGAACAAAGACGGUUUGGAAGCUGGUGAUGUGAAUGGAGAUAUGGAGGGCAGAGAAAAGCAGGCGGAACCAGAGAACACAACAGCUUCAGAAGAUGCUGUAAUCAGCUCCAUUUUGAGCUUUCGUUGCAUGAAAGACAAGAUGAAGGAUCUGUCUCCUACAGAAAAAGUUGAGGAGGAAGCAAUCAAAGAAAUCAGUGCUCAAGGAACCUCAGAUGUCGAUAUGCAGCUGUCCCAGAUGGAGUCAGCUCCCACUCUCACCAUUGAGAUUGCCAGUGCUGCAGUCAGCAAGUUGCUUUUGCCAAAGAAUCCUGAAGAAGGAAACCCUGAUCAUCUGCCGGAGGACCUGAAAGCAGAGAAGCGUCAACCUGAAGAAGCGAGCAAGCGGGGGAAGAAGUCAGCGAGCCAGAAAGCAGUGGAAGGAGGGAAGAAGACAGAGGGCAACUAACCGCCGAAGGAAACAAACCUUGGUAGGAAACUUUACAGUUUAAACAAAAGAGUGUAGGUGUUCAUAACUUACCCCAAAAGAAUAGGUGUAAUUUUCUCAUUUUCAGAAGGAUGUCUUUUAAGUGGCUGGAUGGUUCUCAACGUUUUAUCAUUUUGACAUUAUCCUGAUAAGAUCAAGUUUUUACCUUGAAAAGUUGCAAUUGCUGUUGUUUUUAAGUUUUUGUGGUUCUGUUUCUGGGAUUUUUCUGUAAAAUGCACCAUUUUCUCCAACUUUUGGCAACUUUGGU